AUGCCGUCGGACCCCAUUCUCCUAUUACCGACAAGAUUAAUGGUCUUCCUGCACUACCAGCUCAAAGAGACGCUGUGGGAAGCUAUUUCUGCGGAUGCCGCUCGGUGGCUUUUACUGGCCAUCCAACUGGAGAACGGAAUGAUCUUCAAGGAAGCAUACAUCCACAUUGCGGGUUGUUAUCCAGCAUGGCCGUGGAGUGUGUCGCAGAGCUCGUUUUCAACCGACCUCCUUGAAUCCGUCGAAAUCAAAUCUUCUCAACUGACAGACAAACGCCGCCAAAUCGAUUUCAAGCUGAUGCUACUCACCAUCGCUUGCUCCGAGAAUCCAGGCGACCCUUCGAGCUCUCUCCUUCCAGCCAGCGCAACACUCAAUUCCACCACCUGGAUCGUGGUCAACAUUUGGCGGGACUGGGUCGUCAACCAUCUCGCGGCUCUCGAAGAUGACACAGAUGGACGAGCCACGCCCACCGCACUUUGCACUCACCCCGACGAUGGAGAGUGUCUCACCGUCGCCGGCUUCUAUAGACGCAUCGACCAACACCAAUACCUAGCCCCUGAUGUGGUCUUGCGCGAUUGGAAUCGGGUUAAUUUCAGACACACCGACAGAUCGAACUGGAAGGAAUGUGUGGAGGAUAAUCUCCACCAUUUGAAGAAUGCAGCGAGGGAUUUGGUGGCGCCUUUGGUUGAGACAAAUACCAAUUUCAAAGGCAUUGUCGAUUACCUGACUUGUGUGGAGUUUGACGAGGAACAUUUGCCGUGGGGCAUGGAGGAGGUGAAGGUUAAGGAGGCAAAGAUCGAGGAGRAUGGAAAGGAUUCGGUCAUGGGUGGAGUACUUUGA